GGUAUAAAGCCUCCCACUCCUGUGAGCGCUCCUAUUUCUCCUGUGCAUUUGGAGAGGAGUGAGUGUGUGUGUGACCUACUCUGGAGAGAAACAGACAGAGACGACCCGAGGAUGAAGCUAGUGUUUGUGGCUGUGUUCGCGCUCUGUACGCUCAGCUCUGUGGAUAGAGUGGAUUCUUCAGCCUACGACAAGAUUGUGACACACAGUCGUAUCCGGGCCAGACUCCAGGGACCCAAUGUGUGUGCCAUGCAGCAGGUGAUGGGGACAAAGAAGAGGAAGUACUUCAGCACAUGUAGGACCUGGUAUAAAGGCUCUAUCUGUGGGAAGAAGACGAUGGUUGUCUAUGAGUGCUGUCCAGGCUACAUGAAGCUGGAAGGCAUGAAAGGAUGCCCUGCAGUGGCUCCUAUAGACCAUGUGUAUGGCACAUUGGGCCUGGUGAAGGCUAGGACAACCCAGAAGUACUCAGCCCUCUCUAAGCUGAGGGAAGAGAUUGAAGGGAAGGGAUCGUUCACUAUGUUUUCCCCUAGCGACGAAGCCUGGGACCUGCUGGACCCUGAGGUGCUUGGUGCCUUGGUGAGCAACGUGAACAUCGAGCUGUACAACGCCCUGCACUAUCACAUGGUCAACCAUCGCAUGCUAACGAAAGACCUGAAGAAUGACAUGUCUAUCACCUCCAUGUACAACAACCAAGGACUCUACAUCAAUCACUACUCAAAUGGGAUCGUCACGGUGAACUGCGCCAGGAUUAUCCAUGGUAACCAGGUGGCUACCAAUGGAGUGGUUCAUGUCAUCGACCGUGUCAUCACUAACGUGGUCAACACCAUACAGGACGCCCUGGGAGUUGAUGAUGACCUCUCCUCCUUCAGCGCUGUAGCCUUGGCCUCAGGUGUGAUGGAAAAACUGGGCCAGCCAGGUCACUUCACCCUCUUCGCUCCCACCAAUGAUGCCUUCAAUAACCUAGAGGCCGGCUUCCUGGAACGCAUUAUGGGAGACAAUGCUGUUAUCGCAGCCCUGGUGAACUACCACCUGUUAAACAGUGUGCAGUGCUCUGAGGCCAUCAUGGCAGGCUCUGUGCACGAGACAGCAGAGGGAAGCACUGUUGAGAUCGGCUGUGACGGAGACAGCCUGACGGUCAACGGGAUCAAGAUGGUCCUGAAGAAAGACAUUGUCACCACCAACGGAGUCAUCCACCUCAUCGACCGGGUCCUCAUACCUGACUCAGCCAAGGAGGUGAUGGAGCUGGUUGGUGAAUCCCAGAGCACCUUCAGAGACAUGGUGUCAGAGCUCGGCCUAUCAGCUGCCAUGAAGCCAGAGACGGAGUACACGCUAUUGGCUCCCCUCAACACAGCUUUCUCUGAUGAGGUGAUGUCUUUAGACCAGAGCCUGUUGAAGGUGAUCUUGGAGAACCACAUUCUGAAGCAAAAACACAAACUGAGUGAACUCUACAACGGACAGCUACUGGAGACCGUCGCUGGGAAACGAAUACGCGUCUUCAUCUACCGCACUGCUGUGUGUAUUGAGAAUUCCUGCAUGGUGCGAGGCAGUAAAGAGGGCAGCAACGGAGCCCUUCACCUGAUGAGGUCUCUCCUCAAACCAGCUCAGACCACCAUCUACAAGGUUCUCAUGGCAGAUGGACGCUUCAAUAUCUUCCUGUCUCUGAUGAAGAGUGCAGGUCUGACAGAGCUGUUGAAACAGGAGGGAUCCUACACCGUUUUCGCACCCACAGAUGAAGCCUUCGACGGGAUCACAGAACGGGACAUCACCCUGCUGGCCAGCGACGUGAACGCUCUGAGGACCAUCCUCCUGUAUCACUUCAGUAACGGCGUCUUCAUCAACGGGGGACUGGAGGGUGGGGUCACCAACCUGCUCAAGACCAUCCAGGGACACAACCUGCAAGUGCUGUCUGGCUGUGAUUCUGACAGGGUGGUGAUUUUUGACAGAGCCGAUGGAGAGACAGCCACCACUACACCUCCACAUAGAGCCGAUGGAAAGACAGCCACCACUACACCCCCACAUAGAGCCGAUGGAAAGACAGCCACCACUACACCCCCACAUAGAGCCGAUGGAAAGACAGCCACCACUACACCCCCACAUAGAGCCGAUGGAGAGACAGCCACCACUACACCCCCACAUAGAGCCGAUGGAGAGACAGCCACCACUACACCCCCACAUAGAGCCGAUGGAGAGACAGCCACCACUACACCCCCACAUGGAGAGACACUACAUCCCCCAGCCGAUGGAGAGACAGCCACCACUACACCCCCACAUAGAGCCGAUGGAGAGACAGCCACCACUACACCCCACAUAGAGCCGAUGGAGACAGACAGCCGAUGGAAAGACAGCCACCACUACACCCCCAUAGACAUAGAGCCGCAUAGAGCCGAUGGAGAGACAGCCACCACUACACCCCCACAUAGAGCCGAUGGAAAGACAGCCACCACUACACCCCCACAUAGAGCCGAUGGAGAGACAGCCACCACUACACCCCCACAUAGAGCCGAUGGAGAGACAGCCACCACUACACCCCCACAUAGAGCCGAUGGAGAGACAGCCACCACUACACCCCCACAUAGAGCCGAUGGAGAGACAGCCACCACUACACCCCACAUAGAGCCGAUGGAGAGACAGCCACCACUACACCCCCACAUAGAGCCGAUGGGAGACACUACACCCCCACAUAGACGAUGGAGAGACAGUCACCACUACACCCCCACAUAG